UGUGGAGGACUAACUUUCUAUAUAAAGGGUCUCCAUGUUAGUGUAUUCUUCUAUCUAAACACAAGCAUAUUGACUUGUUAGUUUUGGGUUCAGGGGUUUCUACAUUGUCUCAGUCUCUCCUCAUUUCAAGUCUAUUUUCGUUAUACAAGGUCACCCAGGUGAGAGGGUGAAGAAAAAAUGGCAUUUUUCAUAGCUUCUUCUCAAAUUUUAGUGAUCUUUGCUCUUAUCUUUGCCAUAUUUUCAACUAUGGUUCCUGAAGUUCAAUCUCUUUCCCUUGCACCUGCACCUGCUCCCUCCAGCGAUGGCAAUUCAAUAGACCAAGGGAUUGCAUGUGCGCUGAUGCUUGUGGCGCUGGUUGUCACAUACCUCAUCCACCCUCUCGACGCCUCUUCCCAUCAGCUCUGAAUUAUCUGUAUUAUUUUGUUAUAUAAAUCCAACAUUGUAGGAGCUAAGAUUGAAUUCAUUUCAGGGACAUGAACAUUGUACUGCACCACUACUUUGAGAUUAAUCAUAUUGAUGAUGACCAUUUUACCUA